GAUGAAAUUCCAGUCUACAACACUGCCGCUGGUGAGAAGACAGUCAUGACCUACAAAGAAAUACUGGAUUAUGGCCGAAAAUCAGUAUGGGACGCACCGUAUACAAAUUUAUUUUGGUAUCCCUCAGGUGCAAUGGUAAAUAACUUAUACAAGUUUUAUGCAUAUUUUCUUUUAUAUCAUCUGAUACCUGCAUUAGUUGCUGAUGGUUUACUAAAGGCUUUUGGAAAGAAAACCAUGAUUCUUAAAAUUCAGCGGAAAUUGUUUUUGGCUAAUACGGCAUUAUCACAUUUUAUGAGAAAUUCAUGGAAAUUUAAAAAUGCAAAAGUGAAAGCUUUACAGAAACAUGUAGAUGAGGAUGGGACACAAACGUUUUCAUUUGGACACUAUUUUGAAUUGAACUCAGAUGGUAGAUAUGCAUUUUGUCGCCAAGCAAAGAUAUCUUCCUCAAAGUUACUGUUUGAUGAAGAAUACAAUUUAGAAAAAGGAUUAAGAAACACCAUGAUAUUUUGGAUUUUGGACAGUGUUCUUCACGUCAUCGUUUUCGGUACACUGUUGUGGUACUUGAUAUCAAAAAUUGAAAUAAUAACAGUUGUUAACAAUAUGAUAAAUUCGUAUUUAGUUUAUUUUAAUGAAUUGUAAUUUACUAUGUCUGCAUGUAUAGAUAAUA